GUCAUGAACAGACCGGACGGAACGUAGGAAUCGGACUGUGCGCGUAUUUGAAAGCGUACUUUUCAGUUUUGUCGCGCAGCAGCAGCGAAAUAUAUUACGUUUAUUUAUUAAUCGCGCAAUUACUUUGUGAAUCGAAAUGGAUUCUACCGUCGCGCUUAAACGAAUCGGUUCAAUACAUACUACAAUAUAUAUCCAAUUAUAAUUUUGUUGCUUCUUGCUACAUUUACACAUAAUUGUUAAAGUACCUAUGUAAGAAAAUUCCAGUGUCAUAAUUAUAACGCAUGUUUAUUUCAAAGGUGAAGUGAAGAAGAAAAUGAAAAAUGAAAAAUGUUAAAAUAUUAUUUGUUAUAAAUCAAUGUUUUUAGCAAAAAUAUGUAUUAUCUAGGCCAUGAUAAAUAAAAAGGUUGAAUAAAAUACAGCGAAAAAAGCUUCACUAUUUCUACCUACGUCAAAAACUGUGCAGUGAAUUCAAUGAAACCAAGAUCGUGCGUUACAAAAAGAUACGACUAAUUUAAUUUGGCAUCAAGGUUAUAAUAUUCUCGCCAAUUAAUCCAAACACAAAGUUGAUCAUAAAAAGAACGUAUACAUACACACUUAUUUGAAAGUGCAAAAACAAAAAAAUUUAGCUGCAACUUUGAGUCACUAUGAGCUCAUUUUUAAUGGGUUAUCCACACGCGCCGCAUCAUGUUCAAAGCCCCAUGGGUAUGGGUAGUGGUUUAGACCCGAAAUUUCCUCCCGUUGCUGAUGACUACCAUCACUACAAUGGUCAUUACACGAUGACGGCAUCAACAGGACACAUGUCAGGUGUAGGUGUUGCUAUGGGGAGUGGUAUGCCUCCUGGUAUGCCUACACAUCCCCAUGCUUCUCACCCUGCCGAUAUCGUUAAUGAUUACAUGGCGGCCGCUGCUCACCAUCAUUCCGCUGCCGCUCACAAUCCUCCCCACCCGCAUUCACACACAAAUAGCGCCCUCUCAGGUCAUCAUCACAAUAAUGGCUACAGCAACUACGCUCCAACGCCUACCCAUCAUCACCACCAAAGCCUUGGAUAUUAUGGUCAUCACACGGCUUCGGUGCAUUCGGUGCCGCCGGAGUUCAUAUCGGCAGGAGCGGUACAUUCUGAGCCUGUGACACCACUGGGAAACGGAGUCUACCCACCGCCGGUAAAUACACCGAAUGGCAUUAGCGCUUCAUUCACAUCUAAUGGAUACUAUGGCGGCUACUAUGGUACAAACGGGAGUGUUGGUAGUGCCCAUUCACAAGGUCAUUCUCCACACCCCCAAAUGAUGGAUAUGCCCAUUCAAUGCCCCUCAACGGAGCCUCCGUCAAACACUGCAUUAGGUCUCCAGGAAUUGGGUCUUAAGCUGGAAAAACGGAUUGAGGAAGCUGCACCCGCGGGCCAACAGCUACAAGAGCUGGGAAUGAGACUGCGCUGUGAUGAUACUGGCUCAGAAAAUGAUGACAUGCUAGAAGAGGAUCGUCUUAUGUUAGAUAGAUCACCAGAUGAGUUGGGUUCCAACGGAAAUGACGAUGAUUUGGGUGACUCGGAUUCAGAUGACGAUUUAAUGAGAGAAACAACAGAUGGCGAAAGAAUCAUAUAUCCAUGGAUGAAGAAAAUACAUGUGGCUGGAGUCGCAAAUGGUUCCUACCAACCUGGCAUGGAACCGAAACGGCAGCGCACCGCCUACACACGCCAUCAGAUACUCGAACUGGAAAAGGAAUUCCAUUACAAUCGUUAUCUCACUCGUCGCAGACGCAUCGAAAUCGCACAUACGCUGGUGUUGUCGGAACGGCAAAUAAAAAUCUGGUUCCAGAAUCGACGUAUGAAGUGGAAAAAAGAUAAUAAAUUGCCAAAUACUAAGAAUGUGAGGAAGAAAACGGUAGACGCAAAUGGAAAUCCAACACCAGUAGCGCCGAAGAAAUCAAAAAGGGUUAGUGCUAAGAAACAGGCGCAGCAACUGCAACAGACAACCCAGCAACAGUCGCAACAGCAACAACAAAAACCAGUGAUAAAUGAGUGUUUACGAACGGAUAGUCUAGAAAGUAUCGGUGACGUCAGCGCAUCUCUAGGCAAUCCGUCCUAUAUGCCCGUACCUAAUGAUGCGCCAAACUUGCUUGGUGCGCCAACGCUUCAUCAGCAUCCCUGCAAUAACGCCAACAACAGCGGGAAUGGUAGCUACGCAGGAUCUCAACCACAGCAACAACUACCAAAUGGUCAUGCGAAUGGUGGUGUCAAUGUUCCUGGAAAUUUGCCAACGCCCUCCAAUACAAACAACAAUCAAAUUCAUACAAACUUACAUCAAGCUACUCAACAUACACACGCACCGCUUCCGCCGCCGCAACAACAACAAGAUAUGUUGGCGAAUCUCCAACACAUCAAACAGGACUAUGAUCUGACCACACUGUAGAAAUCAAGGGCGUGCGGCAGACGUUUGGGAUUAGGUUUUUAACUCAGUUGCAAUACAUACAUACAUACAUAUGUAUGUACAUAUAGUUCUUUUAUCUCAUUUUCAAAAUUACAAACAUUUUUAUACACGGUGUUGCAAAAUAAAGAAAAUUGCACGAACUUUUUAAAUGACCUAAUAUAGGGAGUAGGCUCGUCGAGUAAUUCACGAAACUGCGUUUACAAUUUUUCUAACACCCUCAAUUCUCAACUCGUUCUUAAAAAACAUUUGCGCAUGACUAUAAAUGUUGAAAAUUUUUGGAAUAAACCUGAAAAUUACAACAAUUUUUAUUAUCUUUUCCACUUCAACAUUUUUUAUCAAUAUUUCAAUAGAAGAUAGUGUAUUUUAUCAUGACCAGUAUAACACCGUGUAAUUUGUAUUUAAGUUUCUGAAAGUUAAUUUUUUUAUGGAUAUGGAUUGUUAUUUCACUACUUAAAAUAUAUGUACAUAUAUUAUCGCAAUUCAAUUAUAAUCGCAUCUAAACUGUAAUGAUGUUCUCAGGUUUGAUUCCAUAUACCUAUAUAUACAUAUGUAUGUACAAACAAAGAUAUGUACAUUAGACCAGAGCUUCUUAAAGUGUGUUCCGCGGAACCCAAGGGUUUUAAUUUUAGUAUGAAUAAGCACGGCGGUCGGUUUUAGUUGCACACAGAAUGAAAUGUUCUAUAAACAGCUUGGCCCAGACGCAGUUAUCUAUUUUCAAGUAUACAUACAUAUGUACUCGUGGUUGGUAUGAUUACCGUACUGAGUGCCAUACCUACAUAAGAGCGUUGAGCUUGCGCUUACUAGCUUAUUUUUUUUUACAGGUAUGUGUUGUUGGCCGCUGUAGCUAAAGGGUUAUAUACAACUUUCUACAAGGAACGCGAUGAAUUGCCAAAUGAAAUGUGAGAUGUCAUAACUAGGCACUUGGUACAUACACAAAUCAACUGAAAUCUUGGUCAAAUUAUUUUUCGGAUAGUAGUAGUAAUAGCGGUUUGGUACAAAAUCCAUUUACGAAGCUUUCAUAGAUCUCCAGAGUACUUCGACAUUGAAACACACAUUUUAAUCUGUGUCUCCGAAAGAGUUUUGAUUUACAGGUAUAUUCUGCCCGUUACCGAAGAUUUUGU